AUGGCGGAAACGAAGAGGCCAGCGGAAAGGAGGGUGUCGAGGUGCACCCCAGUGACGUCGCGGGCCACGCUGGUCUUCGAGAUCGCCGGGUACAGCCUGCAUAAGGGCAUGGGCAUCGGCGAAUUCAUCCGCUCCACCACCGUCUCCGUUGGCGGGUUCGAGUGGUGCAUCCGCUACUACCCAGACGGAAGCAACAAGGAAAGCGAGGGCUACAUCUCAGUCUACGUGAAGCUCCUGAGCAAGGGUGCCAAGGUAAGGGUGCUCUACAAGUUGAGGCUGCUCGACCAGGCCAGCGGGCUGUCGUCAUCGCCGGUGGCACCCGUGGAAUCACCCGUAGUGUUCGAUUCUCUCAACACCAGUGCGAGUGCGACGACAGAUUAUUGUUGUUGGGGUGUUCGCAGUUUUAAGAAGAAGAGUGAGCUGGAGGAGUCGGCUUACUUGCGGGAUGACCGUCUUGUAAUUGAGUGCGAUCUAACUGUGAUCAAGAAACCACUUGUUGCGGACGCCGCGAUAACAGCCGAGGUCCAGAUGCCACCCUCAGACUUGGCAGAAAAUUUCGGAAAAUUGCUAGAGGCCGCCGACGAAGCAGAUGUGACGUUCGAGGUUGAAGGUGAGAUUUUUCCUGCGCAUAAGAUUGUGCUUGCAACACGGUCUCCGGUCUUCAAGGCAGAGCUCUACGGACCGAUGAGGGGCAAGCGUGGCCAGAACAUCACCGUCGAAGACAUGCCGCCUGCUGUUUUCAAGGCAUUGCUUCACUUUAUCUACACGGAUUCAUUGCCGUCCAUGGACAAAAUUGAUGAUGAAGAGAAAAAAGAAAUGGUCAGGCACUUGCUAGUGGCUGCAGACCGGUAUGCGAUGGAAAGGAUGAAGAUGAUGUGCGAAGACAUUCUUUGCAGAACUCUUGAUGUUGAGACUGUGGCGACCACGUCAGCUCUAGCCGAUCAGCAUCACUGCAGCAGGCUAAAAGAUGCUUGUGCUGAAUUUAUCAUGUCUUCGAAUAAAUUGGAUGAUGUGUUGGCAAGCCAAGGGUAUGUGCACCUGAAGAAAUCAUGCCCUGCUGUCUCGGUAAAUAUCUUGGAGAGAGUUACGAAGCUUUUCAAAUUUAAGUGUACCCAUCCUAGCUUAGAAUAG